AUGGCCUCUGUUCGCGGCUCAGAAGAGCUGCCGCCUUUGGAGAAAUGCUUUGUCCCACUCGAGAACAACCCUCGAGUCUUUACACAACUCGCGCGCGAUCUCGGACUGCCACCCUCUUGGACCUUCCAUGAUGUCUACAGCCUCACCGAGCCUGACCUUCUCAACAUGGUCCCCAGACCCGUCGAAGCCCUGAUCUUUACCACCCCCGGCGAGACCUUCCACCGCGCCCGCGACGCAGAGAACGAUGCCAUGGUGCCACACAUAGCAGACGGUGAGAAGAACUCUGUCAUCUGGUUCGAGCAAACACUUCGCAACUCGUGCGGUCUGAUGGCAUUCUUGCACGCCGCUCUCAACAGUGUCGCAAAGGAUGACUUGCUUCCUGGCUCCGUGCUACAAGACUUGCGAGAUCGUGCUGUUGCUCUCUCUGUCGAUGGUCGAUCUCGUCUGCUCGAACAUUCCGCCGCCCUCGAAGAAGCCUACGCCUCUGCCGCUAACCUGGGCGAUACAGCCGCUCCACCUAUACCACAAUGUCCGCUAAACCAUUACAUCGCCUUUGUCAGAUUAAGAGACGGUACACUUUGGGAGCUGAACGGUGGUAUGAAAGGCCCUGUGUGUCGUGGAACCCUCGCUGCCACGGAGGAUGCCAUGAGUGACACUGCCCUAGAUCUGACUGUCCGUUCAUUUCUCAGACUCGCCGAAGGCGACACCAGCUUCACCAUUGUCGCGCUUGCACGUGCUGGAGAUUGA